AUGUCUUGCUCUUCUCGCAUCUCCUCCUCCAGGGCUGGGAGCAGCAGGGUGUCCGCUGGUAGAAGCAGCGUCAGCAGUGGAAGCAGAUGUGGUCUGGGGGGUGGCUCUGCCAGAGGCUUCCAAGGAGGAACUGGCAACUGUGGCCUGAGUGGGGGACCUAGCAGUGGCUUUGGAGGUGGCUUUGCAGGAGGCUUUGGGAGCUGCUCAGUAAGAGGUGGUCUGGGAGCAACCUUGGGCUCCGGAGGUUGCUUUGGUGGGGGCUCUGGAUUCAGCAGCGGUGAUAAUAGAGGUUUCUACAGCCAUGGAGGUGGUAUGGGGGGUUGCCUGAGUGGUGGCGUUGGUGACGGGGGGCUUUUCUCUGGAGGUGAGAAGCAAACCAUGCAGAACCUCAAUGACCGCCUGGCCAAUUACCUAGACAAGGUCAGAGCCCUGGAGGAGGCCAACACUGAUCUGGAGAAUAAAAUCAAGGCGUGGUAUGACAAAUUUGGGCCUGGGUCUGGGAAAGAUGGUUCUGGAAGAGAUUAUAGCAAAUACUAUUCAAUAAUUGAAGAUCUCAGGAACCAGAUCAUUACGGCCACUGUUGAAAAUGCUAGAACCAUUUUGCAGAUUGACAACGCCAGACUGGCUGCUGACGACUUCAGACUGAAGUAUGAAAACGAGCUGUGUCUCCGGCAGAGCGUGGAGGCCGACAUCAGUGGCCUGCGGAAAGUCCUGGAUGACCUGACCAUGACCCGCUCUGACCUGGAGAUGCAGAUUGAGAGUCUCACUGAGGAGCUGACCUAUCUGAAGAAGAGUCACGAGGAGGAAAUGAAGAGUAUGCAAGGAAGUUCUGGAGGGGAUGUGACUGUGCAAAUGAAUGCUGCCCCAGGAACCGACCUGACCAAAUUAUUGAAUGACAUGAGGGCACAGUAUGAGGAGCUGGCUGAGCAGAACCGCCGGGAGGCAGAGGAACAGUUCAACAAGCAGAGUGCAGCCCUGCAAGCACAGAUCUCUACUGAUGCUGGGGCCGCCAGUUCUGCCAAGAAUGAGAUAACAGAACUGAAACGUACCCUGCAAGCCCUGGAAAUUGAGCUUCAGUCCCAACUGGCCAUGAAAAGCUCCCUGGAAGGGACUCUGGCUGAUACAGAAGCCAGCUACGUGGCUCGGUUGUCAGAAAUUCAGGUGCAGAUCAGCAGCCUGGAGGAGCAGAUCUGCCAGAUCCGGAGUGAGACCGAAUGCCAGAACACAGAAUACGAGCAAUUGCUGGACAUCAAGUCCCGCCUGGAGAUGGAGAUCGAGACCUACCGCAGCCUGCUCGAUGGAGAAGGAGGGGGCUGGGGAUAUAGCUCAGUUGGAUCCAGGGAUUUGGUAUCGGGUGACUCAAGAUCUGGAAGCUAUUCUGGUCAAGGAAGAGAUCCCAACAAGACGAGAGUCACUAAGACCAUCAUAGAAGAGGUGGUGGAUGGCAAAGUCGUCUCAUCUCAAGUCAGCAGUAUCUCAGAGGUGAAAAUAAAAUGA